UUUAUAGUGGCCCUGUGCUCCACUCUAAUGUCACUUCAGCCUCUCAAAGUCUGAGCAGUCAGGGGUCCACUCAGCUGUAGGAAUAUGGCACCAGCAAAGAAGGGAAUCUUGGAGCGUCUUGACGCCGGAGAAGUUGUGAUCGGCGAUGGUGGUUUCGUCUUUGCCCUGGAGAAGAGGGGAUACGUGAAGGCCGGUCCCUGGACACCUGAAGCCGCUGCAGAGCACCCUGAAGCAGUGAGACAGCUGCACAGGGAGUUCCUCAGGGCCGGGGCCAACGUUAUGCAGACCUUCACCUUCUACGCCAGUGACGACAAACUGGAGAACAGGGGCAACAAGCUCACCUUCACUGGCGCUCAGAUCAACGAGGCCGCCUGCGAUUUGGCCCGUGAGGUCGCCAACGAGGGUGACGCUCUGGUUGCUGGAGGAGUGUGUCAGACUCCAUCCUACCUGAGCUGCAAGAGUGAGACAGAGGUGAAGGCCAUCUUGAAGAAACAGCUGGAUGUGUUCAUCAAGAAGGACGUUGACUUCCUGAUUGCUGAGUACUUUGAGCACGUUGAAGAGGCUGUGUGGGCUGUGGAGGUGCUGAAGGAGACAGGGAAGCCCGUGGCUGCUUCCAUGUGCAUCGGACCAGAGGGAGACAUGCACGGAGUCUCACCUGGAGAGUGUGCCGUCAGGCUGGUCAAAGCCGGUGCCCAGAUCGUUGGAGUCAACUGUCACUUUGACCCCAUGACCUGCGUGAAGGCUGUCAAGAUGAUGAAGGAGGGAGUGGAGAAGGCCGGACUGAAGGCUCAUUACAUGGUGCAGCCCCUCGCAUACCACACCCCCGACUGCAGCUGUCAGGGAUUCAUCGAUCUGCCAGAGUUUCCCUUUGGUCUGGAGCCCAGAAUUCUGAGCCGCUGGGACAUGCACACAUACGCCAGAGAGGCCUACAAGGCUGGCAUUUUCUUCAUCGGUGGCUGCUGUGGAUUCGAGCCUUACCACAUCAGGGCUGUGGCAGAGGAGCUGGCCCCCGAGAGAGGCUUCCUCCCAGCUGCAUCAGAGAAACACGGCAACUGGGGUGCUGGUCUGGAGAUGCACACCAAGCCCUGGGUCAGAGCCAGAGCCCGCCGUGACUACUGGGAGAACCUGAAGCCAGCCUCCGGCCGUCCCCUGUGUCCCUCCAUGUCUCACCCUGAUGGUUGGGGUGUUACCAAGGGCCACACUGAUCUCAUGCAGCAGAAAGAGGCCACAUCUCAGGACCAACUCAAACAGCUGUUCGACAGGUCAAAGAGCCAAUGAGUCACUCUCCUUCAGACCUGGCAGCAGAGCUGAUGGUUCCAUUAAACUUGAGUCAAACAGCCGCGCUGUGGAGCAAACUGAUGCUGCACGGCGUGUGUUCACUCUCUGUAAACGGUGCUUCAGCCAACAAACAUGUCAGGGUCAGAAUCCUCACUUGAGACGACUUCUCUACCUCUGUUGAUUAACUGUGGUUAAUGUGACGCCACAGAGGUAUCUCAAGUUAGGAGUCAGCCUGUGUUAAGAUUGGGACCUUUUUGUUUUCCAUGACGACGGACCAGUUUGUGUAAUAAAAUAAGAUCUAAUAAAAUGGGAAUUGGUUACUUA